AUGUUGUGCCCAGAAGGCUCUCAGCCUGAAAAUGAUACGUUAUCCAAAAGCAAUGAUAUCUGCCAAAAGAAACCAAACAAAGUUCCUGCUGAAGGAACAGACAGCUUGGAACUAACUUCCUAUAAAAAUCCUAAGACAUGGAAGAGAUCGAUUUCUAAUUUCUUCAGAAAUCAACUACGUUCAACUAAAUCCAAUGAGGGUGAUCGGCCUUCAGGCAGUAAAGAUAAUUUUGAAGAAAAAGAGAUCACUCCUGACCAAAAGUGGCAAUCUUUGGGGAAAGUAUUUCGUCGUCAAAGCUUUGCCGAAACGUGGAACAAGUCUCCUAAAUCGCCAGGAGAAAAUUCAUCUCACAGUAAAAGGCUAGCGGUAAAAAAGGUCAUUUCAUCUUACUUUGGCAAAAGUCAAAAAGUUACGUCGGCGGAUGGUGAAAAAUAA